AUGGAUAUCCUAGGAUCGUCUCCUUUUGAUAAGCCAUCCACAUAUUCUGAAAGGUUAGGUCCACUUUCAAAGCUUGACUCCCAUAGCAAUUCAUAUGCAUUUGAAUCUUCAAUGAGUUCAGUUUCUGAUAGUAUCAAUGAAGACUUUAUAGCUCUGGAACAGCAUAUUGAGGAUUUGACACAAGAAAAAUUCUCCUUGCAACGUGCACUUGAGGCUUCUCGCGCUUUAGCAGAGUCAUUGGCUUCUGAAAAUUCUUCUCUUACAGACACAUAUAACCAACAGAGGGGUGUUGUUGAUCAACUAAAAUCUGACAUGGACAAGUUACAGGAGGAAAUCAAGGCCCAAUUGAUGGAACUUGAGGCUGUUAAAAAUGAAUAUACAAAUGCACAUCUAGAAUGUAAUGCCGCUGACGAACGCUCUAAGUUAUUGGCUUCAGAAGUAAUCAGUUUAGAGGAGAAGGCACUUAGACUGAGAUCUAGUGAGCUAAAGCUUGAGAGGCAAUUGGAGAACUCACAAGCUGAAAUCUCUUCAUACAAAAAGAAAUUGUCUAGCAUAGAGAGGGAUCGUAUGGACUUGCAGUCAACUAUUGAUGCUCUUCAAGAAGAGAAAAAGCUGUUGCAGUCCAAGUUACGCAAAGCUUCCACUGGUGGAAAAUCCGUUGAUGUUACCCAGAGUAGUACACAUAAGAAAGAUGAAUCUACUUCUAUCGAAGAUUUAGAAAAUGAAGAUACCAUUACCAAUACCUCGAAUCAGGAUGUGCAGGAUACAUCUUUUAUUGGAAUUGAUGCCUCCAAUUUUUCAAUGUUGCCUGACAAUGGCUAUUCAAAUAUACCUCCUGAUCAGAUGAGAAUGAUUCAAAACAUUAAUGCAUUAAUUGCAGAGUUGGCUAUGGAGAAGGAAGAGUUGGUUCAAACUUUGGUGUCUGAGUCAUCUCAUUGUUCUCAGUUGAAGGAGUUGAACUAUUAGUUGACCCGAAAACUUGAAGCUCAGACUCAGAGAUUAGAGUUUUUGACUGCUCGAAGUAUGGCUAAUGAGAAUAUCUCUACAAGACAACCUGAUUCUCAGGAUGUUCGUGAGAACAUUCAAUAUGCCGAUGAAGGUGACGAGGUCUAACUGGAGUUAUCUUUGUACUCCCUGAUUCUUACAUCAAUCCACAAAACAAGGAGUAUGGAGAUGGUGUUGCGCCUCGAGCUAAGAUGAACCAACAAAGGUCACGGCGUUUCAAGACUGCUAAGGAUGCAGCUGA